GGGGGGAGGAGGGAGACUCGGCAGUGACGUCACCGUCUACUGCUUCUCACAAAUGCAGCUGCGCCAUCCUUCUUUUGUCUGCCGAGGAGUACGGAGAGAGCUUCCAGGAGACUCGCCGGCCGGACGCUGUUACCCCCUCUUUCUGUGCUAGUUUUUGCCUCACUUUGGUGUUUUAUUCGCUAUUUCUAUUCCGACUGAAAACGGGAAACGAGCGAGGCCGCUUCCUUUCCUAUUGCUAGUCUGUUAAUACUUGCUCUAAGACCGACUCCGUGGCCGCCAUAGUCGAGCUCUGCUAAGAAGAAAAAAUCAAAAUGGAAGACACGAAGUACCUCCCGGAGCUGCUAGCCGAGAAGGACAGCUUGGAUUCUUCGUUCACGCACGCGAUGAAGCUUCUCGCGGCAGAAAUUGACCGGAUUCAGAAAGGUGAAUCUAAAAAGGAGCCAGAGAAGGAGACCUAUCUGGACCUUUUUGCAACCAAGAGUCUGAAGCUGAAGGAGCGCGUGCUCAUCCCCAUCAAGCAGUAUCCCAGGGUCAACUUUGUUGGGAAGCUUUUGGGGCCUCAGGGCAGCACAAUCAAGAGGCUUCAGGAGGAGACGGGGGCAAAGAUUUCUGUUCUGGGGAAAGGUUCUAUGAGGGACAAAAAUAAGGAGGAAGAACUUCGGAAAGGCGGGGAGGCAAAAUAUGCCCACCUUGCCAUGGAGCUGCAUGUUUUCAUUGAAGUUACUGCACCCAUUCCUGAAGCUUACAUGCGUAUGGCGCACGCCAUGGAUGAAGUUAAAAAGUUCCUCAUCCCGGAACCUGGUGAGCAUGAUCCCUACAUGGAUCCUCACUUCCUGAAUGGAUCCCAAGAUGUCUCCGGCAGGGGGCGCGGUCUUGGCAGGGGCCGGGGUGGUCCACCCGGCGCAGGAGGACCAAGGGGUCGGGGAAUGCCACGUGGCGGUCUUAGAGGGGCCGUGCGUGGCGGAGCACCACGUGGAGGACUCGGGCGCGGCACUGCACCUCGAGGAGCACCAGCGGGCAGGGGGGGACUUCCUUCUGCUCCCACUCGAGGAGGCAAUUCUGCACGCUCAAGACCACCCGCAGCAGGCGCCGCGAGGAUGCUCCCAUCUGCCGCCAUGUCUCACCAGCAACACCAGGGUGGCCCUUCAGGGUCACAAGCUAAACCUGACGGUUACGAUGAAUAUCCUUCAUAUGAGGAGGGUUAUGCCGAGCCUGCUUAUGAGGGAUAUGACAGUUAUUACAGCCAGCAAUCUGCUUCUGCGGAUACUGAGUAUUAUGACUAUGGGCACGGUGAAGCCCAGGACACAGGAUACGACUCCUAUGCUCAAGAUGAUUGGGACAACUCGUGGUCAGGCUCUGGUGCUGGAGGCAAAGCCCCCCCAUCGCGGCAGUCUAAGGGCUCCUAUAGAGAACAUCCAUAUGGAAGAUAUUGAACGACUACUGGUAGAGGGUUGCUAUGGCAAUUGCCUCUGUUGUAACUCACUUACCCUUUCAAAAGUAAUUUCCCUCUCCUUUGUUCCAUUUUUUUAUAUAACUAUAAUUUUUUGUUUUUAAACUAGAGUUGUAACAUUUAGUUUGGAUGUCAGUUCCAGGGGAUAGCGUGGAUGCUUACUUUCUUUGGUUUUCAUUCAAUGUUUUAGUUGCGUAGAUGAGACAUAAAUGGCGUUAACCUAACAAAGGCACAAUGUUGACAUUUUAGUGAUUUCUGGUGGUUAUUUCAGUUAGUGAUUUCUGAGCAAACUGUGGCGAUAAACCUCAUUUAGGCUGCAUUUUCAAAAGUUCCUACUACUAAAAGUGGUUCUAAGUUUUGCUUUAAUGUGAUAUUUUUAACUAAAAUCCUUUGAGAAACAAAUUUAAGCUCAAAUGAUUUUUUUCCUUUAUAUAUAUGAGCAAAACGUAUUUCUGUUGCAGUGAAAAUCUAGGUUUGUGUAAAAUCUUAAAGCCCAUUGACAUUUAAUACACAUUUAUAUUUUGGCACAUAAAAUAUUGUAACCUGCAAAAGGGUCACUGAUCCGCUAAAUCUUGUGAAGCCUGCAGGAUUAAACGUCUGUGUGUAAAGAAAGCUGCAGCCAACUCAAUAUUUUGUACAUAACCUUAGAAAAACUGUGUAUGCUUUAAGUCGUGCCGUUUCCAAAAUGCAUUAUUAUUGUGUACUUUUUGACUAAAUAGGAACCUAAACAUAUCCCAAAAUGUUUUUCUGCCGUGCGUGUUUCAAUAAAGUUUUAUAGUUUCUUUUUAAUCACCCUGAACUUGGUAUUUUGCCUUUGUUGUACCAAAGGAAUGCCUUCAGUUUGUGAAAAUGGGCCUCGGUGGUUCCAGACUUUGCUGAAUACGCUGUAUGUAUACAAGAUAAGCUGAUCUUUAAAAAAAAAAUCAAAAGGAAAAAAACCUACAGUGUUUUGCUAAUGAAGUUAUUCAUUUGUUUUUCAAAACUAAACUUGUAAUGCCACAUUCGAAACAAAAUAAAGCUCACCAUUCCCUGAG